AUGGAAAUGAUUCCUCGUCGAUCAGCACUCAAGCCAUACGCGGCUGAAUUUCUCGGCACUGCCCUCCUCAUCGUCAUCGGGGAUGGAGUUGUCGCCCAAUGCCUACUGUCCGAAUACCAAUACGGCACCUGGCUGUCCAUCAACCUCGCCUGGGCCUCUGCCGUGUGUCUCUCUGGCUAUUUGGCUGAUCCCAGCCCGACCAUCAACCCGGCGGUAACUAUUUGCAUGGCUCUGGUCCGACCAUCUGAAGGACAAUGGAAGCAAAUCCCAGGCAAGCUAGUUGCGCAGUUCCUGGGCGGGUUUGUCGGCGCUGCCAUCGUAUAUACCAACUACCGAUCGGCGAUCAAAGCUUGGGAUCCUGAAUACACCAUUCCCGGCGGAUCAAUUCUAAGCCCGGUCGGCCAUCACUCAGCGGGCAUUUUCUCGACCUAUCCAGGUUCCUACUUCGAGUCGAACUGGGAGGCUGUAUUUUCUGAGGUGCUAGGCUCGGCUGUGUUGAUGUUUGGCUGUCUCAGUAUCUCCGAUCCGGUGAAUGCUCGUCGAUUCCCUGCUCCACAGCUCGCUGUCUUUUUGCUGCUGCUUAUGAUCGGAGCCGCAUUGGGCUGGCAGACCGGCUACGCCCUUAAUCCAGCUAGAGACUUUGGCCCGAGAUUGUUCUCCGCUAUCAUCUAUGGCCGGGAGGUCUUUACGGCGGCCAACUACUAUUUUGCUGUGCCCCUCUUCGCCCCUAUUAUCGGCUGUGUUGUUGGUGCGGCGACUUACGACAGUUUGCUGUUCGAGGGAGAAGGAUCGCGCAUUGCCGAUGCGAUGGGCAAAGUUGAGGCUUACGAGUAUCAUCGCCUGGAGUGA